AUGCGCAUCUCCAACCUCAAGACCUGCCUUGAGGCUGCUACUCUUCUCAUCACCACAGCUCAUGCCGGCCCAGCAGCCUAUGGAAUCUGCCAAGCUGGCUGCGCUGCGGUCGUCGUAGCCUGUUACUCCGCUGCAGGCGCUGUCUUCGGAGUGGCUGCUCCUCCAGCCGCUGUACCCGCUGUUCUGGCUUGCAACUCCGCUUUUGGUACUUGCCAGGCCGCUUGUUGGGCCGCGCUCAUGGCUCCGACUCCAUGA